AUGCCACCCACAUACGCGCCUACCUUUGGCCCCGAGGAUGCAUCCGAUGAUGACAGCGAGUACGGUGUCGACUCUAGGAGCGAACUCGACAGCGACAUGGCAGCCGACGACCACGACGACGACCCGAGCCUCUCAAUGGUGGCAUCCAGAACUCUCUCAGACAAGGCAGGGGACAUGACAGCCAGUAUGCUCCUGGAGCGUGAGGAAGAGCCUGAAGGCAUGCUGCCCAGAGACAAGCAACGUCGCACAACCCACUACAACUCGUCGCUCGAGAAGGCUAUGAGCCACUCCGAGGCGAAGCAGUUUUACCAACGACAACGCGCCGAAAAGCUCGACAGUCCCACCAUGGGCAAGCCUCGCACCUUGAGUUCUCAUGUUGCUGGCGAUGCCACUGCCUUCUCUUCUCCGCUUAACCCGCUGAGAGCUAGUAAGAGCAAUGUCAGCCUGCAAGCAAACGACACUUCAUACAAAUCUGCUUUGCCUGUUGGCAUCGCCAAUGCCGCAAAGCUUCCUACCAGCACCGAGGUUCAGACUCCUGGUCUUGGCCACUUCGAUACCGCCCGCCACUCUUUCUCCCAACAGAACGAUGCUCCUUCACCAUUGAUCCAGGCCGAUCGGGAAGCUCGCGCCCACACACACCACCCCAACCUGCCUCAUGAGCAGAAGCCUUUCCUGGAGCAACAAGGUCUACAUGGUGCAGGAGCCGGUGUGGGUCUGGGAAGUGGUUCUGGAGGCUUUGCUGUAGACGAUUCAAAGGUCACUGCUGAGCUGACUGCCAUCUACAGCAACAUCCAGAAGGUCUUGGACCUCAGACAUAAAUACAUGCGCUUGUCGCUACAGGGUGCCACGGACAACCCCAAGGAUGAGCCUGGCUGGACCAUAUACCCUCCUCAUCCCGAUCCUUCGUGGCAGGAGUACGAGCAAAACAUGACCGAAAGCCAGGAUCUCAAAACCCCACGUAGGAGACCUCGCAAGAUGGGCCAGAACAUUGGUGAAGAUUUCGAAAUCGACGACCUGAUGCCUCUGCCUGGUCCUGGUGAGAUGGCCUUCCGUCUCGAUCCGAACGGUGUCUACCAAGUCUAUGAGAACAACAAAGCCGCCGAACUCGACACUCCCAUCGUUCAUGUUCCGACCAUCCGCGAGUUCUACAUGGAUCUUGACGCCAUCCUGACCGUCUCCUCUGAUGGUCCUAGCAAGAGCUUUGCUUUCCGUCGUUUGCAAUAUCUCGAAGGCAAGUUCAACUUGUAUAUUCUGCUCAAUGAGUAUCAGGAGAUUGCAGAUACAAAGGCUGUGCCGCACAGAGAUUUCUACAAUGUCCGAAAGGUUGACACCCACGUACACCACUCUGCUUGUAUGAACCAGAAGCAUCUGCUUCGAUUCAUUAAAAGCAAGAUGAAGAAGAGCCCCAACGAGGUUGUCUUGUACCGUGAUGGCAAGCAUCUGACUCUGCGAGAGGUCUUUGAGAGUAUCAACUUGACUGCAUACGAUCUCUCUAUUGACACACUCGAUAUGCACGCUCACACUGAUUCUUUCCACCGUUUCGACAAGUUCAACCUCAAAUAUAAUCCUGUCGGCGAGUCACGUUUGCGCACCAUCUUCUUGAAGACGGACAACUACAUUCAUGGCAGGUACUUGGCUGAGAUCACGAAAGAGGUCAUUGCCGAUCUCGAGGCUAGCAAGUACCAGAUGGUUGAAUGGCGCAUCUCCAUCUAUGGUCGUGACCUAGAAGAAUGGGACAAGUUGGCGGCGUGGGUUGUGGAUAACAAGCUGUAUUCGCCUAACGUGCGAUGGCUGAUCCAAAUCCCUCGCCUCUACGACGUCUACAAGAACUCUAGCCUGAUGGAAAACUUCGAGCAGGUCAUUCAGAAUGUUUUCCAGCCUCUUUUCGAAGUGACGCAGGACCCCACGUCGCACCCCAAACUGCACAUCUUCCUGCAGCGAGUUAUUGGCUUCGACUCGGUCGACGACGAGAGCAAGACGGAGCGUAGAAUCUAUCGCAAAUUCCCGCUCCCCAAGGAAUGGAACACGGCGCAGAACCCACCCUACUCGUACUGGAUCUACUAUCUGUUCGCGAACAUGUCAUCGCUCAACGUCUGGCGCAAACAGCGUGGCUUCAACACCUUCCUUUUGAGACCUCAUUGUGGUGAGNNGGCUGGUGACACUGACCAUCUCGCGGCUGCUGUCCUGUGCUGCCACAGCAUCUCUCACGGUCUCUUGUUACGCAAGGUUCCCUUGUUGCAAUACAUAUUUUACCUGGAGCAGAUCGGCGUUGCAAUGUCGCCCUUGUCCAACAACGCCUUGUUCCUCGCGUACGAGCGCAACCCUUUCCUACUAUACUUCCGCCGCGGCCUGAAUGUCUCCNNCCUUUCUACCGACGAUCCCCUACAGUUUGCCUUCACAAAGGAACCGCUCAUCGAAGAGUACGCAGUGGCUGCUCAGAUCUACAAGCUCAGUGCAGUCGAUAUGUGCGAGCUCGCGAAGCAUUCGGUCCUCCAGAGUGGAUUCGAGCACUCUGUCAAACAGCGCUGGCUCGGACACAACUACCACCUUCCCGGAGUUGCUGGAAACGACAUGGCAAAGGUCAACGUGCCAAACAUCCGCGAGGCAUUCCGCCACGAGACUUGGUUGCAAGAACUUGCCAUCGACCCAUCGCGCAAGUUGUCUAUGUCAAAUCUUAAACCCAACCAUCCCUUCUCCGCCAACCUCACAGCACCUGGUUCGCCCACUGCUCAGUCGAUGCAAACCAACCCCUCGGCUACGAAUCCUCUUAACCAUUCCGAAUACUUCCAGUCUAGAAACACACAGAACGGCAACUUCCAGCUACCUGCCCCGGCUGCUCAUCACCACUAUGUUCCCAAUGCCCAAGCUGCUCGCAUCUCCCAAUCACCUAGCAUGGUCAGUCUGCCGGGCCACAAGCACACUCGUACAUCCAGCAUGGUCGGCCAUGGCUCGCCUGCUGGCGGUCCCGCACCCACCUCGAUCCCACCGGACAUGGCACCUAUGCCCAUGUCAUCGCUCGACGCAUCGGAGCCUCGCUUGUUCCCUGGUAUUGUGAGUAAGAGUCGCAAGGGCAGUAUGGUGACAAGCCGCUCUGGAGUCGAUGUGGGUAGUGAGGACAACAAUGUCCCUGACCACAUGACGCAGAGUCUGCCUGCUAUUGCGCUUGGUAGACCCAGACCUGGUGACGAGGAUGCGGCAAUCGUCGAGGAUGAGGACGAGGUCGGCGAGACUGCUUGA